AAAAAAAAAAAAAAAAAAAAAAAGAAGGCAUCUGCAUCUCUUCUCCUUUUUUCUCAGUCAAUAGACUGCACAACACGCCCCUCUAACUCGUUCGGACGAUGCAAGGUCACAGUCGAAAGCAGUCAAUGCCGAAUGCUAUCUUUACCCAGCCAUCCAUUUCUGAUGGUAUGAUGAACAAGAGUUUGGGGAACCGGAUGAAACGACUAGAUAUCAACUCUCAGUCAUCUUCUGUUACCUUGGAUGGCGAUGACAGUGUUAAUGCUGUCGAUGAUGGUAGUAGAGUAACACCUUCAUCCAGAAGUAAGCAACCAUUCCGUCGCCAGACUAGAAUGGAUAGACCAUCAUGGACGAAGGGAGCCCCACCAUCAAUACCUUCAUCUUUCUCAAAACACGGACACAGUGGCUAUAAUGGAGUGAAUGAUUUUAAGGGAGCGAAGUUUGGGAUAGGAGUUAGCAGUCGUGGCAAAGAUUUAAAGAGUUUGGAUGGAGGAAAAGGGGGUGGUAACGGCGGAAAGUACAGAAGAAGGAAACGAAGCGGAAGAAGAGAGGCUCGAUCGAACGUUGAUGGCCAAAAUGGCAAUUCAAGAGAAGAUGAGGCAAACGACGAGAAGACAAAGUGUAUGAAACUGAAUUCAAAGAAGAGACCCCCCACCGCUCAUCAUGCCGAAACAAACUUCAUCGAAGAACUUGACGGACAAGAUGGGCAAGACGGGCAGUACAGUUAUCGUUACGAAUACAUAUACCCACAGCAACUGCAGAGCUCAUAUCGCUAUCAAGGUCAAUAUCUUGAUCCACAUCAGUUACACCAGCAGCAACAAAAACAACAACAAUCGCAGCAACAACAACAGCAGCAGCAGGAAGGUGCAGGAAAACCGUGUAACAGGAUGAUCAAGAGUUCUCUUCUGCAAGAAAUGCAAUCGAAUGCGUUGCAGCCGUCGCAACUGACACAUUUAACUCUACUUCGCUACGAGUUUUUAAUGGAUGAAUUUUUGGAAAUAAUGCAUCUUCUGCACUGCUUGGAAAUUUUAGACUUGGAUAUUGUCUCUCUAGUAUCACUUUCAUCUUCAUGCCACUCCCAAUGCUCUAAGCAUCAACGCCAGCCAGCCUCGCAGCAUAGCCCUUUCGAUUGUAGCUGUAGUGAUGAUGAUCUUGGAUCUGAUUUUAUCAAUGGAUGCAGCCAACAUCAGCAUCGGUCGAAUGGAAGUUGGCGUUCGUCUUUUAACCAAAAUAGCGAUGAUUAUGAUAGUCACAUGCUCGUUGAUAAUAAGGAAGAGAUGAGUGAACAAUUUCAAUGGGAUGACAAUGAAUCACAACAAGAUACGAGCUCUUCGGAUAAGGGCAAUGAAGGUGGCUCAUCAACUGUCAGUGAUUGUUGCUUCGACCAUCAACAGUCCCAACACCAGUUCCCCACAGUACGGUCAUUGACUUUCCGAGGUACACUUGUGGUCCCAGAAAUCGUAGCAUUCUUUCCUAAUCUUGAGACACUUAAUCUGGAGGAGGCUAUUCAAUAUCAGCAGCCACCUGAUUUAAGCUCUGGGCAAAGCUUCAACGAAAAUAGCACGGACAGCUUCAGCAGUAACACCAAGGGCAGUCAAUACAACAGUAGCAAUAAUAAAGCCGAUUACUCCUCCACUGAUAAUGACAGCGAUAGUCUACUAAGUGCAACUGCAGGCAUCAGCCUAUCAGGGGCAAGUCCAUCUGAAAGCGUCAAUGGAUUCAACCAAAGCUAUCCCUCAGCUAUGUUGACAGAAUUGGCUCAGCAGCUCUUGGAUAGCUGCCCUCGUCUUACCCGUCUGGUUUUGAACGAGCCUUUACUUAUUGACGAUGACCACCAAAGUCAAGGGCUAUCACGUUUUCGCCAACCGCAGCAUUUAACGCUAUUAGUAAGGGCUGUACGGCAAUUGAAAUAUUUUGUCACACAUACAAGGGUAGUAGCUAAGUGCCCAGGCCUGAUCGAGACUUUGGUGGAGUAUCACCAUCCACAUCUGGUAUCGUUCCAAAUCUUCGACAACAUACAGGAGAAGCCCUCUAAUGCGGCGCCACCGCCUUUUCAGCAGUCUUAUCAGCAGUACCAGCAGCAGUAUCUGCAACAGCAACAAUACCAGAAUGAGCAUCAGGAUCCGUUAUCCUUGCAACAAAGGCCCCAAUUGCAGCAACAGCAUCAACAGCUACAAGCCCAAAUGCUUACACAGCUACGUAAAAGUUGUUUUUGUAUUCUCGAGACGUGUUCUGAACUUCAAGUCUUUGAGUGCAAGGUGCCAUUACCACUACAGGAUUUGAUCUUAUCUGUCCCAAAGUGGGCUUGUAGGUCGACUCUGACGGUAUUACGACUUGAGAUCCAAGAAUUGACAGUGGACGGUGGGUUGGAUCCAGAAGAAGAGGAGGUUAUGCAAAUGUUUGUCAAGAGCCUGUUUAAGAGAUCUUCUAGAUCCGACUCCACAUCCUCGGAAUCACAGUCCUCGCAAUCGUCCACAAAUAGAGCAUCCAGCACGUUAUCGCCACCAUAUCUCUUUAGCGACCCUUCUACGCUUGGAUCUGUAUCUACUGGCAAUACGGAUUCGGCAUCAGGGCCAACGGGCUCCAGUACUUCAAGGUCAGGGACCAUAUCCUCAUUAGGUGAAGCCCCUCCCAGGGCAAGCAAGCCGGCUAUUCCGCAACAGGACUUGGGUUCGUCGUUUUCACCUUCUUCCCCACAUCAUCAUCCAUAUUGCUCGCAAGUAUCGGCAUCGACCUCUACAGUGUCAUGCCCUAGCACAAUGGAGCAGUUAUUACCACUGCCACCGUCAACUUUGUCACAUCCAAAUCCAGAUCCAAGCCCUCGCCCGCGAUUCCUUACACCAAAGUCAGAACAGGUUGAAUUAAGUUCUGAUUCGUCUUCGGAUUCUUAUUCUUUUUCCAAUUUUCCAAUGAAAACAGCGCCUUUCCCAUCGCCUGCGGCCCAGUCUCCCAAGUCGAUUGUACCUUCAAGUCUACUCACGGCGGAAGAGCUGGAACAGAAGGAAGCGCAACAGCACCUGCGGAGCCAACAGUACCUGCGGAGCCAACAGUACCUGCGGAGCCAACAGUACCUACAGCAACAGUUUCUUCAAGAGCAGGACCAGCAGAUUCAGCAGAAGCAUCGACAACAGCAUCAACAGCGUCAACAACAGUGGGGGCGACGACAUGAACAACAGAGUCAAGAAGAUUGUGAGAAUUCCAGUGGAGGAACCUCGUCCAGCGACCAAAGUAGUGUUGGAAGAGGAUACCAUCAUCAACCACCUCAUAAUCACCCACCUUUCCGACAUCUUCAUCAGAGCCAGGACCAACAUCAACACCGUCUUUACCAUGACAAGAGCCGCCCGCCUGCAUAUAGCCAUAGUUGUAGUGAUAGCAAUAGCAAUAGCAAUAGCAAUAGCAAUAGCGGUAGCAAUGGCAGUAGCAGUAGCAAUGGCAGUAGCAACAGCAACAACUAUGGCCACAGCCACAGCCACAGCCACAGCCACAGCCACAGCCAUGGCGAUCAUCACUAUCGAUCCCCUUCACCGCCAACAGCUACGAUUACUGACGCCACCAAUCCAAAGAACGAUGUUGUCAACAAUAUCAGAUCUCACACUGGCAUUGCGUCACCUAUGCUCCAGGAUCCAAUUCAGAGUGAUAAUUCGAAAUGUCAUCAGAACGAGACCGUCGGACGACUGAUGGCACUUCAAUUCCUAGUCGAGCACCAACUCGUGUAUUUACCUAGAUUGGAUCGAUUCUUCUUGGGAAACCGAAUGUAUCAAAUCCCAACACGAGCGAGUUUUUAAAAAAUUACCACUGUUUUCCCUGCUAUUCCUCUUCUUCUCCUUUUUUCUCUUUUCGUGUCGGUACAUAAACGUGUAGAAAAUCGACGUUUUUAUAAAGACAACAAAACAGUGGCAGCCAUUAUAACACGAAUG